UUCGGCAUCACGGCAACGAACUUCUCUGGGUCCUACGCUUCACCGCACAAGACUAAGCAGGAAGCUCCCUUGUCGUUAGGGCUUGACUACCGCGUGGCAAAAAUGACUGACAAUUCACCCGUAGUCAAAUUAAAUGUCUUCGAUCCCAAUCGAUCAGCCAGAAUAAAUGCUCCGGAGAACCAGGUAGCAAUAGAUGAUGCAACAGAAGUUUGGGAUGAAGAAAAACUUAAUAAAGCGAUGGCCACGAUGAAGGAGAUACAUAUCAAGCUGCGUAGCCUUCGCACUACAAUUCCUCGUCUCCUAGCCCCCCUGGCUGUACAGCAACCCACUCCUGAUAGUCUAUACCGAGAGUUCAGCCAGGCAAUAAUUAAUACCAAUCAGGAAAUUCAAGACUUCCGCAAUAUCGUAUCAGCUGAGAAAAGCUUGAAGGUAUUUGAACAUACUCGAGAAUAUCAGGCCAAAAAUCCGAGGGGCAUUAGACCAUGGAAAUUCACGGAGCAUCCGGACUGGUUUGUCAAAGAUAGUUAA